GCCCUCCACUCUUCCCCUCCAUUGUGAUUCCUUGACAUGAGCACUCGUAAUCCUUCAAAUGCCGGUAAAUGAUCUCAUCGUCAUCUUUAUCUGUCUGUUCGUGUGGCAAAGAAAUCAUUCAGUAUCGGGAACACAACUCUGCAACUGCGCACUAUCUUAUGAGAGAAGUGUUGAUCUUACGUGUUUCCAAUAUAUUAAGUCCUGCCAUUCGUUCACACGCUGACACAUUUAGCUAUUGUCAACCAUCCAGCUAAUCGACAGCUUCACAAUCGAGCAACGACUCUACACAUACAACCACGCAUACAACGACGACGCGGUGACGAAAGAUCUUGUGUCUCUACGACCUCUACCUUGGGUUCUUAACCUGCCUCUCAGCCACCACUUUACCAGUCGAUCUUCCAUAUGUCUCUCUUUUCCUUCCAUAACCUUAUGACAGUCACACAAAGCCACAAGUCCCACUAGUCAUCAUUGUGCAUAUUUUUAGGCUUUUACGAGUAUAAAAUCGGCGCAUUAUAACCACGGAGUUGGAAUUGAUCGAUAAUCACUUCUCCUAAUCUGCUUUAAAUUAUCGAUUUCUACUCGUCCAAAAACUCCAACUCUCACAAAACUACCUACACAUUCACACACCUGCCAAAGAGACUAUUACUCUUCCCGCAUCACAAUGUCUGCAACUCCUUUCAUCCAGUUCUUAGGUCCAACAAACCUUGAUGGCUAUGAUCGCAAACUUCCCGCAUCACAGCAACCCGAUCAUAUUCCCAAAACCUUCCUAGACGCCAUGGAAGUUCGAGAAGCUGUCUUCGUCCAAGAGCAAGGGGUUCCUCUCGAAAACGAGUUCGAUUCCGAUGAUCCUCGCGCCUGCCACUGGGUCAUUUAUGCUUCAGUGAACGAAACAACUGAUCCCGAAGUCAAGGACGAUGAUGGAAACAUAUUACAGAGGAAGAAAAGUAGGACUACGUCUCAACCUAUUGGCACGAUUCGUCUAGUACCAUUUCCACAUCCACCACAUCCUGAACCAGGCUCGAGCUAUCACGCUGACGCACUUGAAACGGCUCCGGUUCCUGACGGUACAAAUCCACUUCCUUACAUUGUCGAUCGAGCAACUACAUAUCAUGACGGAGUCGAACCAUAUAUAAAGCUGGGCAGAAUUGCAGUCAUCAAAGAGUGCAGGGGUGCUGGCAUCUCCAAAUUACUGGCAGGCGCAGCUAUGUCCUGGGCGCAACAAAACCCUACAUUCUUCAAUCCAUCUGUUGCCACAUUGGGAAUGGAAAAUGUUGGAGCUUCAAGCACAGAAGAAAUACCUGUGUGGAAAGGCUUGAUGUGUGUUCACGCACAGGAACAGGUUGCGCAAGCUUGGGCUAAAUGGGGAUUUAAGAUUGACGAGGAGAUGGGGACUUGGGAUGAAGAAGGAAUCAAGCAUGUUGGAAUGUUCCAAAGAGUGAAGACGGUUAGCAUUGCACCUACGGUAUAAGCAGCUGUACUGCGGUAGAAGCCUUCUUCUCUUCAGAAUUAUGGGAGAAAACUGGAAAACGGGAUAUUUUGGGAGGAUUUGUUACACGAGAUACCCGGUUGAUGGUUUGAUAAAAGAUGAGAUUAAUGAAUUUAAUGAUAAAUGAUGGCUGAAUAUUAUAAUUCCAAAUGACAAUCGCUUCUCGGACUUGCA